CAACCCCGGCAGCGGCGGAAGGCAUGGUUCCCGUGUCCGCGGGCCUCCCUGGGGUCGCUGAGGGCCCCGCCAGCAUGUCCUGGGCCGGACUCCUCCGUGGCCUCCACACGUCCGUCCGUCGCGGCCUCUCCCUGGUCCCCCAGCUCUGGGCCAGCCGGGGCAUGGCCACGCUGAACCAGAUGCACCGCCUGGGGCCUCCCAAGCGGCCUCCUCCGCGCCCAGGCCCCACCGCGGGCCGGCCGCAGCUCAAGGGCGUGGUCCUGCGCACGUUCAUCCGCAAGCCCAAGAAGCCCAACUCGGCCAACCGCAAGUGCUGCCGCGUGCGGCUCAGCACGGGCCGCGAGGCCGUCUGCUUCAUCCCCGGCGAGGGCCACAACCUGCAGGAGCAUCACGUGGUCCUCGUGGAGGGCGGCCGCACCCAGGACCUGCCCGGGGUCAAGCUCAAAGUUGUGCGUGGCAAGUACGACUGUGGCCACGUGCAGAAGAAGAAGUGACCACGGGAGCCGGGCGCUGCUGCGGAACGGGACGUUUCCCACCGGGACACGGCUGCCCGCACUGGUGUGCUGAUUGGAGAAAGGACCUGCUCCGUCCACCCCCUCGCCCUAGUGUCGGCUUGAGGGGCCUGUGCUGCCCCCUGCAGGACUGGUGGAAUAAACACAGAAACCCUUGCA